AUGUCUGCGAGUGUAUGGUACAACCGUGACGAAGGCUCCCAGACUGAUAGCCCGCCUUUAAACCCUGUCCAACUCAAACUUGCACCGACGAUCGAGCCUGAAUGUUUUCCACUCAAUCAAGCCCACCCGAGGGAAGCCGAGGCCUUUCUGGUGGAUACCCUUGGCGAAAAGCGGAAUGUAGACAUUCCCAGCCAGAUCAUCGAACAAGACGAUCUCCCUGAUUACGACCCCCAAAGCGACUCUCGAGCACUGGGUCGCGGGGCCUGA